UCUGGGAAGGGAACGUCAUUUUGGCUGCACGGAGGAUCUGUUUUCGAUUCCGAAUUCGCAACUAUGGGUGCGUCCUGCAAAGCGCCACACAUUUCUUAUCUUCCUUCUCCCCUUCUUCGACGAAACCCCAGAUUCAGGAUUCAGAAUUGCCAUACUCCCAAUUCUAGACGCCAAUUCCCAAACAGACGUUUGUUUCUCUUCUCUCUUCCACUCUCUGGUUUCCUUCUCCUUCCUCAUAAAUUUCAGUCUGGGUCUUCCUAUGCUGCCGAUCAAUAUGAUCCUGUUACUGCGGUUGAAAAGGAUGCGAGUGCUGUAAUAUCGCGGAGAGUUUCAGAAGCUGUGGAGUUGUUGGAGAAAGGGAGGGAAUUGCAGGCUCAGGGUGACUUCAAUGGCGCUCUUGCCUACUUUUCUACGGUUAUUGAAAACUACAAAGACUUGGCAUUGUCAGACUAUGCUAGGGUAGGAAGAGCACUUGCGCUGUAUGAAGUUGGUGACAGAGAACAAGCUAUAGCAGAAAUGGAAGAUGUUUCAAUAUCUCUAAAAGGCUAUCCGGAGGUUCAUGCAGCUCUUGCUGCAGCCUUGUACACAGAUAAGCAUGCCCCUUUGCUUGCAGAGAACCAGUUCACCAUUGCUACUCUGCUUGAUCCACAUUUUUCAGACCUCUCUUAUGUCAGAGACAGAAAGCACUGGCCACCAAGUUUGAUCAGUUCUCUGCAGCAAUUCAUUACACUAUCCUAGGAAUCCGUAACUCUAUUUCUGAAAGGUUCCCCAGUAGGUUCUGUUUACAAAAGAUAUAUAGAUCAUAUCAACCAUGAGAUGAAAGGACACAUAGGUAAGUUAAUCUAUUUGUGUUCUGCGAGAGGAGUCUAUAUAUAUAAGCUAUGUUGAAUGUAUACGUAUUCAUCGCAUACUUAGCAGUGCCAAGCUAAAUCAAGGCGUUUAUAGAAGCUGCAGGUCAACACGCGCAAAUGUAAAUGAACAAUUUUCCAGUGGUUAGUUAUACUGAAAUGUAAUUCAUUAUCUUUCGUAUAUUUUUUUAUUUGUCUCUGCUCUAAGUUAAAUUGACCAAAGGAGCAUAUUUGAAAGAAGUGUUUAUACGUCGCCUCUGUAUUUGAAAUGGUA